AUGGACGAGUUUUACGACACUGCUAAAGCUGCCUCUCGACUGGACGUCAUUAUCCAGGAGCGUCGGAAAAUCGUUGCUGGUCAAAGGGGUGUCUUUCAAUUGUCAGACUUAAAGGCGAACACUCUGGACGUGCUCCAAGUAGGAGCUCGCGGAUUUUGCGUUUUAUCCAAUGCCAGUGAAGAGGGGGGGAUGGAACCGACUAACUUUACCCAAAUGAAGAAGUCGCGUCCUCAUAUGCGGCAAGCUGUCACCUUAGGCGGUUUAGGAUCCACAGAGUUCGAGAAACAAAUCACAGCUCUCGAAACCGUGUACCUUCAGUUUUAUCAGCAUCUACCAGAAGGAUCGUUGGUCCCAAUGGAGGCCACCACUGUCAGCGGCCACUCAGCCCUAGAUGUCUCAUGCCGUUAUUUCACCCAUCGGAACGCAGCCAAUGGGCAAGGGCAGGAGAUCAUUUCCCCUUUGGUCGACCCGGAUGGCGUGCUCACGUCGCUUUGCGAUUCAGAGUUCCUCUACACAGCUGAUAACAUGGUGGACUAUCGGGCGAGAGUCAUGCAGGAGAAUGGAACAGUGAAGUUUGAAGACUGUAGCCCAGCUGUAUUUAAAGUUGGAGACAUUGUCGAGGCUACUGUUGUCUUCGCUUGCAUCCCUACAAAGGACAAGCGAUUCAAAUUGACAUUCUUAUUGAAGGCACUCAUGCAAAUCAAUACAGAAGAACGCAACGCGGCUGCCGUGUUGCGAAUGCGAAGCCGAUAUCCGAACUUCGUUCGAACAGCUAUCCCCAAAAGGAAACCCACUUACGCCGAUGACGAGGAGAUCCAGGAAACCCAAGACAGGUUCUGUCGCAUGCGCAUUGAUACCGAGGUGGAAGACGAAGGGAGCGGUUAG